ACAUGCCUUUUUUUUUUUUAAGUGAGGAACAAGAAGAGCUGCAUUACCAGGAUACAGACUCUGAUGUGCCAGAGCAGCGGGAAAACAGGUGCAAAGUCAAGUGGACCCACGAAGAGGAUGAGCGGCUGAAGGCGCUAGUGAAACAGUUUGGACAGACUGACUGGAAGUUCCUGGCAAGUCAUUUCCCUAACCGCAGUGAUCAGCAGUGCCAGUACCGGUGGCUGAGAGUGUUGAACCCAGACUUGGUGAAAGGGCCUUGGACCAAAGAGGAGGAUCAGAAGGUAAUUGAACUGGUAAAAAAGUAUGGCACAAAGCAGUGGACACAGAUAGCAAAGCACCUGAAAGGCAGGCUGGGGAAGCAGUGCCGGGAGCGCUGGCACAACCACCUGAACCCUGAGGUGAAGAAGUCCUCAUGGACAGAGGAUGAGGACCAGAUCAUCUUUGAGGCCCACAAAGUUCUGGGGAACCGCUGGGCUGAGAUCGCCAAGCUGCUUCCUGGCAGAACUGAUAAUGCUGUGAAAAACCACUGGAACUCCACCAUCAAGCGGAAAGUGGACAUGGGAGGUUUCCUCAGUGAUUCUAAAGAGUCCAAAUCCUUAUUCUUAUUAUUGGAGGUGGAUGGCAAAGAGAGCCAAAGUCUCCAAAGAGCCAGAAACCAGAAAAGCGUUCUAGCCAGCUGGCCUGCUGAUGCUUUAGAAAUAAAAGAGGAAGAUGCCAGUGAUGAUGAAGCAACGGGCUUGCAGGAGUUGCCCUCGGAGCAGCCGGCUACAGAACUGGUGGAGGACAAUGCUGAAGGGACCCUGGAGGAUGUGGUGCCUGAAGACACCUCAGCAGAUGGCACCUCUCCUUACAAGUGGGUGGUUGAAGCUGCAAAUUUGUGCCCAACUUCGGGAGCUGCCUUCACAGAAGCUCUGGACAUGAUAGAAUCCCACCUUGGUCCUCUUCCUGGGCCUUUUCUGAGUGUUUCGCUUGUCUGGCAGGAUCCAGAUGGAUGGUGUGACCUGACUCAUUUUGACCUACCCGAAGAUCCCUCUGGGGGCGGUAGCAGUAACAGCAACAGUCCAAUUAGGCAAACUCCCAGCAAACCCCCCAUAUCUCUGUCCAAUGUAACGGAGUAUCGCCUGGAUGGCCACACCAUAUCAGACCUGAGCAAAAGCAGCAAGGGUGAACUGAUCCCUAUUUCCCCACGCUCAGAGGUGAGCUUUGGGACCCCGCCCUGCAUCUUCAAAAGGCAGAAGAAGAGGAAGAUCUCCCUCUCGCCUGUCACAGAGAAUGCCACCAGCACCAGCCUCUCCUUCAUAGACUCCUGCAACAGCAUGACACCCAAAAGCACCCCUGUCAAGGCACUGCCCUUCUCCCCAUCCCAGUUCUUAAACUUCUGGACCAAGCAGGACACACUGGAGUUGGAGAACCCAUCCCUGACCUCCACACCCGUCUGUAGUCAGAAGGUGAUUGUGACCACCCCGCUGCACAGGGACAAAACCCCCCUGCUCCAGAAGAACUCAGCGUUUGUCACCCCUGAUCAGAAAUACGUAGCGGACAAUACUCCUCACACGCCCACGCCAUUCAAGAAUGCCCUGGAAAAGUAUGGACCAAUGAGGCCUCUGCCGCAGACCCCUCACCUAGAAGAGGAUUUGAAAGAAGUGCUCCGGAGUGAAGCUGGCAUUGAGCUCAUCAUAGAAGAUGAUGUGAAGCCUGAGAAACAGAAGCGGAAACAAGGGCUUCACAGAAGUCCCAUCAAGAAAGUUCGGAAGUCCCUUGCCCUCGACAUCGUGGAUGAGGAUAUAAAACACACAGUGUCCACUCUACCCAAGCAGAUCUGUUUCAAAAGAGCACCGUCAGUGAAUUUCUUCUCAAGGUCCCUGAACUUCUCUUCCUCCAGCAAUAAGGAUGACAACAGUUUGCUUAAUAGGGGGUUCAUGCAGGUGCAAGUGAAGACCGAGAAGACAUCCUGUACCAGGAAAAUCCCAAGCCAGUUCAAACCUCCAGCUCCGAUGUCCCGUGCUUGGAAAGCAGUGGCUUGUGGUGGAACCAAAGACCAGCUCAUCAUGCAAGACAAAGCUCGGCAGAUCUUGGGCAUGUUAAAACAGAGCCAUACAUCACGGACCUUAAUCUUAUCGUGACGGAUUGCCCUACCUUUUUUAUGAUUUUUUGUACUGGUUUUUAAAUGGGAAGAUUAAGAAAGAACACACGGAAGAAAUGUUCUUGGCAAGACAGUGUUUUUAUGGGUUUUUCCUUCUAUGAAUUCUGUAUUACAUGGUAGAUUCAUAUUUUAAUAAAUUGUGUUAAAUGCUG